AUUUAUCAUCACCGCAACCACAUUAGUGCGCGUAAACAUACAAGUUUUUUCUAGUUAGACUUUGGACUUAGGCUUUAAAUAAUAUAGGUAUCAAUAAAGCAUUCCUAAUUAGAAACAUGAAUGAAAAUCACUAAAUAAAACGGCAUAAUACGAAUACUGGAAACUAUUAGCCAUUUCCAUGAUGUACAAUCCAGCUGCGACGGUCCGAAGAAUCGAUGUUUUGAUUCGUAUAUUGAAAGGCAGGAAAACUAUUCUAGGGGUAAAUUAUGUGAGAGCAUAUUCUAGUGAAGAUAAAGUAACUAUUGGGGACGUUUGCAAAGAUGUAAAGGCUCCAGAAAAAGUCGAAUAUGUGCCCAGGAAGUAUUUAACUCUAGAAGAUUCCCAGCUCAGGUACUUAUCACAAAGCACAUUGCGAAACUUGCGGUGGAUGAUGCAGAAAGACUUACUUGGGCAGGACAUGUUCCUACUUGGACGACCAGGGCCUGGCAGGAGAACAGUAGCACUACAGUACCUGGAACUGACUCAAAGGGAACUGGAGUAUGUAGCAUUGUCUCGGGACACCACUGAAGCUGACUUGAAGCAGAGGAGAGAAAUACAGAGCUCAACUGCCAAAUAUUUCGAUCAGAGUGCCGUCCGCGCUGCCAUCAAGGGCAGAGUACUCGUCAUCGAGGGCAUAGAGAAGGCAGAGCGGAAUGUACUGCCGGUGCUCAACAACCUGCUGGAGAACAGGGAGAUGCACCUCGAAGACGGCAGGUUUCUGGUGCCUGCGGCCAGAUACGACAAGCUACUUGAGGAACAUGGUGCAGAAGAAGUAAAAAAAUGGCGGCUAGUGCGAGUGGACGAGAAUUUCCGCGUGAUAGCGCUAGGCUUGCCCGUGCCGCGGUACAGCGGGCAGCCGCUGGAUCCGCCGCUGCGCUCGCGCUUCCAGGCCAGAGAUGUCACUACUGUCGGCUUUGGGGAGCACUUGAACGCGUUGAAGGAGGAAGUGACAGAGGUGAACACAGCGAAAUUGGAGGAGCUUCUGUCUGCGGCGUACGCUCUCAUCAGCCCUGAGCUGCAGAUGGUCAGGCUGCCGGACUUCCCGGUGGACAGUUUGCAGGCGGCUGCCCUGAUACUGGAGCGGGUACCUAGUAUACCAAUACACAAGCUAAUGUACCUAUUAUACCCCUACAAUUCAUUCCUAACCAAAGACCAUAUCAAAAACGUUGAAGCGGUUUUACAUAACCUCAAAAUCGAAACUGAACCAAACUGGAGUAUUAUUACACACGGCAUAGAGCCUAAAGGAAAUCAGGCUUUAGUCAAUAUGGAAGUGAAUGGAGUUAAGUCUCAAUUUGGCGUGCCGUGCGGUGAGAGGAGAAGGAGAGGGAUAGAAGAUAAGAAAUUUGUGAAGACGGAUUAUCAGAGUGGGAUGCUGAAUGAGGUUUUGUUAAGUCAUAGUGUUGGAGAUUUUUGUAUAGUUGGUCCAAAAGGCUGCGGUAAAAGUUUAUUAGUCACACAACUCGCAUCCCUAUUAGGCUAUACAAUAGAGCCUAUAGUCCUGUACCAGGAUAUGACUGCGCGAGACUUAAUUCAGCAGCGAACGACCUUAGAAAACGGGGAUACGGUGUGGAGGAAUUCAGCCCUUGUUGAUGCCGCUUUGAAGGGACACUUGGCCGUGUUAGAUGGCUUGCAUAGGAUACAUGCUAGCACUUUAGCUGUUUUGCACAGAUUAGUGCACGACAGGGAGUUACAACUACACGACGGCACAAGAUUAUUGCGUCACGAUAGGUAUGAUGACCUACUAUCAGCUGGUGUGACGUCACAACAGCUAGAAGACAGCGGCGUCAGGAGGAUACACCCAGCGUUUAGGAUAGUAGCAUUAGCUGAGCCGCCGACACUAGGCCGGGGCCAGCAAUGGCUGUCACCAGAAAUACUCAGUCUGUUCAUAUUCCACGAGAUGAGAAACCUCAGCAAACAGGAGGAAAUCUCCGUUGUCAAAACUUUGUACGGCGACAUAUCAAAACCUCUGCACUCAAUUAUCGACUUAGCAGACGUGCUACGCAAAUCAGAAGACAGCACUCUAAAAAAUCUGUCAUCAUCUUUAUCCACCCGUCAACUCCUGCGGAUUGCAAGCAGAAUGUCCAAAUACCCCACAGAUUCCGCGUAUGAAACCGUUCAACGAACGUUCCUAGCGAAAUUUUUACCAAACUUAGCCAGAAGGGCGCUAGAUGGCGCUAGUUCAAAUCUCGGGAUAGAACCCCCGAGCCGAUUCGGCAUUUUCGGUGCCAACCCUAGUGAAAAAAAAGUCAGGUGUUCCGUGCAAAAUGGCGUCCUAACCAUUGGCAAUACGAGCACUGAGAUCUUCAAAACAAAUGCAUUAACCAAAGUACCAGAUAUUUUAUUCUACGACGUCCCACAGCAUGUAAAGCUUUUAGAAUGGUUGUUACAAGACUUUUUACUAGGAAACCAUUUGUUACUUGUUGGUAACCAAGGUGUAGGUAAAAAUAAAAUAGCCGAUAGACUGCUUCAACUACUAAACAGACCUAGAGAGUACAUACAGCUUCAUAGAGACACGACAGUCCAAUCAUUGACUGUUCAACCGACUGUUAAGGACGGUGUUGUGGUUUACGAAGAUUCUCCUUUAGUGAAAGCGGUGAAAUAUGGUCAUGUUUUGGUCGUAGACGAAGCGGAUAAGGCGCCUACACAUGUGACAUGUAUUUUGAAGACUUUAGUUGAGAAUGGAGAGAUGAUAUUGAGUGAUGGGAGAAGGAUAGUGCCAAAGGUUAUGAUGGAAAGUUCGGGAGGCGAUGUCGGGAGCUUCAUACCGGUUCACGAUGACUUUAGAAUGAUUGUGCUGGCUAAUAGACCUGGAUUUCCGUUCUUAGGCAACGAUUUCUUUGCUUCUUUGGGCGACCUGUUCUCCUGUCACGCCGUAGACAACCCGUCAGUAGAGUCCGAGAUGGAGCUGGUCCGGUCGUACGGGCCCGAUGUACCCGAUGACGUCACGCGGAAGCUGGUGGCGGCGUUCGCGGCUCUCCGGGACAAGGCGGACCAGGGCCAGCUCAGCUACCCCUACUCCACCAGGGAACUCGUCAACAUCGUCAAACAUUUGCAGAAAUAUCCCGACGAAGACUUGGCAACGGCCAUCGGCAAUGUGUUCGACUUCGACCGCUACAGCAAGGACAUGGCGGACGCUCUGCUGGAAGUGUUACAUUCCACCGGACUGCCCACCGAGGGGGUGCUGGAGGGGAGGUCUGUGGACGCCCUCAAGAAGAUUCAGAUGACUAUAGAUAGACACAGCGGUAAAGACGUGUCCUCACCGAAAUACGGUAAAGACGAUCCGGACAACAAGCCGCACGUGGGCGGGAACACGUGGGCGGGCGGGAGCGGAGGGCGGGACACGGCCGGCCUGGGCGGCAAGGGCGGGCCCUACCGAUUGGACAAGGGGCAUGAUGUGCAUCAGCUUUCAGACGCAGAAAAGAACGACGUGCCCGAACAUGUGAAGCGCGCGGCCAGAGACAUGAACCGCAGAGCGUUUGAGCAGCGGCUGGCGGAGAUCAACAUGAGCCAGCACGACGCUAAACUCUACCACCAGUUCUUGAGGGCGGUCCAGCCACAGAUCGGAGCUCUUCGUGGCGUGUUGGCCGAAUUACAAGCCAAGAAGAAGGAGAGGCAAUGGAGCCGACACCAGACCAGCGGCGAACUGGACGACGCGAAUAUCAUUGAGGGACUCGCCGGCGAGCGCUCGAUCUACCGACGUCGCCGCGAGCUGGAGCCGCCGCCGGACGCGCCGCCGGACGAGCCCAAGCGGCUGAGACUAGUUCUAGACGUCUCCGGUAGCAUGUACAGAUUCAAUUCAUACGACGGGCGUCUGGAACGAUCCAUGGAAGCUGUGGUGUUGCUGACUGAAGCGCUGAAGGGCUACGAGACUCGGAUUCGAUACGAUAUGUUCGCGCACUCGGGCGAGGACCACGCGCUGCAGCUGGUGACCGUGGACCGCCCGCCCGACAACGAGAAACAGAGGCUACAGAUAAUCCGCACGAUGCACGCGCACGCGCAGUUCUGUUGGUCGGGAGACAACACGCUGCCGGCGGCGCGCCACGCCAUCUCCUCGCUGGCCGCUGAGGACUCCGAUGAAGCUAUACUUCUCAUACUAUCUGAUGCUAAUCUUAGAAGGUACGGAAUACAGCCGCAAGAGCUCGGGGCCAUCUUGACGUCAGAACCAAGAGUACAAGCGCAUGUUAUAUUCAUCGGAAGCUUGGGCGACGAGGCUGCGAUCUUGCUGCGCCACCUGCCGGCGGGGCACGCGCACGUCUGCAUGGACGUGGCGACUCUGCCUCACAUCAUGCAGCAGAUCUUCGCUUCGUCGCUGCUGCAGACUGAGUGAUUCUCAACCGAAUGAGAAACAUUUGCAAGCAUUGCUGUAUUGUAUCAAAUUAAAACAAAUGUAAUAAUAACAAGAUGAAAAUAGUAGACAAAUAUAAAUGAAUAGAUAAAUCUGAUAGUUUAAUCUAAAGAUCAUCUUCAUUGCUGCAGACAGAGUGAUUUCCUCGAAAAGUGAGAAACAUGAGAACAUUGAUCAAGGGUUGGUAAAUAAUAAUAUUAAAUAAGAAGAGAUUAGACAAACGUAACCAAUUAGAAAAAACUAAUAGUAAUAAUUUGUUUAUCACGAUAAUAUAGCUAUAUUAUCUUAAUAGCUUAUAUUAUCUUGGUUGCUACAUACAGAUUGAUGGGUUGCCUGAUUUUUAUAGAUAUAAUUGCAAGGAAACUUUGUUGACGAGUUCAUAAAAACAAUUGCAAUGACAAAAUGUGAUAACACGCCAAAAUAAAACAAUUGUGGUAGUAAAGGAGAUUAGUAAAUUAUAUAUAAAUUACAAUUUAAGUGCUAAAUGUUAUGUUAAAUUGAAAAAAACAUGUUUUUCCGAGCUAAUAUUUUAUAAUACAUUAAUUGUGGUAUCACAACAUAUUUAUAACGUCAGUUACGCUAAGGAAUUGAUAUGAUAUUUAUAUGUAUAUAUGUUAAAUAGUUCUAAGAAAGGACAUGUUAGAUGUUAGCUACCACAGCUACCUCAAGAAUACAAUUAUAUUUUUAAACAUUUUUUGACAUGGUUAAACAUAUUUUCUAUGAAUUUUAAAUAAAUUUGUUUAAAUAAAUUUAAU